CUCAAAUACAUAUAGCUCAGUGUCACUGCAUGAGAGGCACAUUUCAAGCAAAGGUCCAUACAUGUCUUUCAUCUCUCUGUAGUGAGUCAGAGUGUGAGUUGACACCCGAACUGAGCCAUGGGGUUAGGCUGUUCAGAGGGUUACUUCUGGGACCGCCUGGUCAGGAAGUGUCUGACCUGUCAGAUGGUCUGCCAGCAGCCCCAUCGCCACCUCAGAUGCAUCGAGUACUGUGUGUCUCUGGGGUGUAAGGCAGUCCCAGGGCAGUACUACGACAGGCUGUUGAAGAAGUGUCUGAGGUGUGCUGCGGUGUGUGGCAGCCAUCCCUCAGAGUGUUCCCACCAGUGUCAGACCCAACAGCCUGCCUUGAAUGGAAUCUUGAGGCCUGUGGAUGGGAAUGCCUUCCAGAACCAUACCAUCAGGGGCAGCUACCUACCCAGAGGCCUGCCUAACUCAGCCAUCCUGGUGUACUCUCUGCUGGGCCUGUGUCUGACUCUGCUGCUGCUGACCCUGUCUGUGGCUCUGCUGGUGCUGCUGAGGAGGACCCCCCGACCAGGAGCCACACAGAACAGUCACACCCAGGGUCAUGAAGGCCAAAAGGGCCAAGAGCCUAACCAGCACAGCCAGUCCUCCAAAGACUGCCUGAUAGAUCCAUCCCUGCUCCAGGUUAACAGUGUGACACUGAGCCGUUCGUCCAGCCCCACAGAGACGUGUGUGUGUGUCCACUGCUUCCCUGACCUCGGAGUGCCUGGCAGGGGAGAGAAGCAGCAGAGACCCCCGCUCACCCUCUACCAGCAGGCUGUCCCCCAGGACCUCCACUCUCCUACCAGAGCCCCUCAGUGUGGAUCAUCACAGAGAAUAAUUUGCUCCCCCAGUCAGCCCAGCUUCUGAUUGCAGAACUGAACCAGACUGGACACUAAAUAAAUAAACAACUCUGGACAGAUCUCA